CUGGCGCUGCUGUUACCAGUCCUUCUUCGAACUACGCAGUAUUAUCUGUCGAAUAAUGGAUUCCGCAAAUCAGCUUUGCAAACUUUUUGUCGGUGGAUUGAACGUAGAUACCGACGAUGAUGGGCUCCGCAAGCAUUUUGAGCAGUAUGGUCAGCUGACCGACUGCGUUGUGGUUGUAAAUAAGCAGCUGCAGCGGUCCCGCUGUUUCGGCUUUGUAACCUACUCUAGCGCGGAGGAGGCAGACGCAGCAAUGGCGGCUAGGCCACAUGUCGUUGAUGGCACCAGCGUGGAGUUGAAAAGAGCGGUCGCUCGUGAAGACGCCGGUAAACCCGAGGCAUUAGCCAAGGUCAAGAAAAUAUUUAUCGGUGGACUGAAAGACGACAUCGAAGAUGAACACCUCAAUGAAUAUUUUUCACAGUUCGGUGAAAUUGAGAAGGCCGAAGUUAUCGCAGAGAAGGAAACCGGAAAGAAAAGGGGAUUCGGCUUUGUUCACUUUGCUGAUAACGAUUCUGCCGACAAGGCCGUGGUUCUUAAAUUCCACACCAUCAACGGGCACAAAGUAGAAGUGAAAAAAGCCCUAACCAAACAAGAGAUGCAAGCUGCAGGCCGCGGUGGUGGUGUUGGAAGAGGAGGUAGAGGAGGAAGAGGCAUGAGAGGAGGACAAAAUGGCUUCGGUGGCGGCAGAGGUGGUUACGACAGCUACGGGGGCGGGUUUGGUGGGGGCUAUGGAGGAAAUGGCGGCGGAUACGGUGGCGGCUACGGAAGUGGUGGAUAUGGCGGUGGUUAUGGAGGCGCUAGCUACGGAGGUGGCUACGGCGACCAGAUGGGAGGUUAUGGUGGCGGCAAUGGCUACAGUGACUUUGGCAGCGGUUACAGCCAGCAGUCCUCCGGGUAUGGGCCCAUGAAAGGCGGUAACAACUACGCUGGUAGGAGCCCUGCUCCGUACGCCCCCAGAGGCGGUGCGGGUGGCUACAACAGAGGGGCUUAUGGCGGCUACUAAACCGGUGGCUACGACAGACUAUUUGCAAAGAAAUCCUCUUUUACACCCUCUAAUCCGUGUGAUCGGACGUCAAACCGAACUCAAAUUCAGUCAUCGGGCAUCUGCCGUAAAGCAUCUGGCAAAAAUGCGGACACUGUGAACCCUAAUCAUUAAGAAGACCUCAAAAAACCAAACAGGUAGGAAGAUCACUUCCCAGAACCUGAUUUGCACGACCAGCUGUUGCUGUAGGACACGUUCGAUUGCAGAAUCCAUUUAUCAUUUAUGUUAAAAGUUGAGGGCGUGUAGCUGUCGUUAGUUGGCCUGCUUUUUAUUUUAGUUAUGCGUACAUUCGUUUUUGAGUAGUCGUAGGAUUGUUUUGUUUGAUACUAUAUUUUCCUCUUACCUACAUUUUAAGCAAUUAGUUCCAAAAUUCUCUGGCAUCUAGCUAGUCUUUUUUUAUGUAUUGGGGAUGGGACGCAUGUGCUUUAGAAUUGGAUUUCUUAGUUAUGACUCUGUACAUUUAUUCUGUCCACUACUAGCCUAUAGUUGUAGGUGACGCGUAUGUGGUGUGGCGGAUGCAGUUUAAUCGUUCAAAAUGUUUUGUAAAUCAACGAAAUAAGUCACAGUAAUUUCCCAACUCACAUAGCGUCCAGCUAUCAGCUUAAUGUUCCUUUCCUUUACUUCCAUCAAUCUCAUGUAUAUUGUGUAAUCUGUCUGAAGAUCAAACUACAAUUGUUAAGCAUUGGUAUGCAUAUGUAUGUUCAUUUUAAAUAAAAAGUUAAACAAA